UCUUGGCGGAAGUGUUGUCAAGAAUCAUCACCCUGCGGCAGACUGUUCACAUAUCAAAUGACUGAAUAAAAUAAGAAAAUUAGUAAAGUUUUGCCUUUCACAAGUAUGGCAAACAUCUCGCAACUUCAGUUCCUGCAUGAAUAAGUAAUGAUGGGAAUAUAAAGUUACUGCUGCUGUUGGUGUUGACUGACUUCUAGUAGCAAAGUCCAGCUCAAUGUUUGCUCGAAUAUGUUUUGGCUCUCUGUAUGUGCAGAACUGUGAAAAAAGUUCCUGGUAAUAUUGUUUUUCAUUCGCAAGGUGGCGUUUUAAUGGAGACCAGUAAUGCUUGUACUGUCGACUUGUAGAGUAAAGGCGCUUGUUUACGAGGCUGUUCAAGACUAUCUGACAGAAUAUUUCUUAGAAUUCGUUAAUAAAACCCUGCUGUCAAACGUUGCACAUUUGGUUGAGCUCUGAAAUGUUUUAUAGAGCAAUAUUUUACAAAGCACCAGCGCGCGCUGCACGGUGACAUUAUCGUUACCGGACGAAGUUGUCUGUCACUGCGCCUCCCAGUGUCUGUAACCGGGAGUCGGCCGUCAACGCCUAGGAUUUGCUAUAUAAAUAUGUCUAAAAACGGCCGAAGGUCCAAAGCUUUACACGCGAAUAACGGGCGCGCGCUGACCGGUUGUGAUCCGGUGAGAGCGGUGCGGGUGCGCGUGCUGUUGCUGUGCCUCUGCGGUGUGAUGUCGCUGGCCAUGUUUCUGGGACUGUACCUGUCAGCAGAGCCCAGCAGCGCCCCUCAGCAUCAUACUGCACAUCUUAUCAGGGACAGGCUUUCCCAUAAGCCAAGAAGGUAUUCUGUGGCACAAGUGAAGAAGUUUUCAGCUCAGGUGGAUGGACAACGUCUUUGGGAGACUCACCUGCGGCCCUUGCUGAUCGAACGAGUGCCUGGGACUGCGGGCAGUCAGAAGAUACGGCAGCAUAUCUUGUCUCAGCUGGCUUCUCUUUCUGCGGGAUGGACAGUGGAGGAGGAUUCCUUUGUUUCACCCACCCCGAAGGGUGAUGUCACCUUUACCAAUGUUCUGGCAGUGUUGGAUCCCUCAGCUCCUCGUAGACUACUCCUAGCAUGCCACCAUGACUCUAAAAUAUUACCCCCAGAUCCUAAAAACCCAGAGCAGGUGUUUGUGGGUGCCAGUGAUUCUGCUGUACCCUGUGCCAUGAUCUUGGAGCUGGCCGCUGUUCUGGACUCACAACUGAAAACUCUCAAACAGCAGAGGUCUGUAGUGACUUUGCAGCUGGUGUUUUUUGAUGGAGAAGAGGCAUUUGAGGAAUGGACAGACACAGACUCUCUCUACGGUUCUCGUCACCUGGCUGAACUCAUGGCUCGCACCCCCUACCCUCCUGGAUCCACUACAGUCACACUUCUCCAGGCAGUGGAUCUGUUUGUCCUAUUAGAUUUGCUCGGUGGCCCAGAGCCAUUGAUUGUCAAUCACUUUGAUAACACAGCUAGAUGGUUUGACCGACUGAUUGCUGCAGAGAAGAGACUCCACAAACAGGACUUGUUGACAUCUCACCCGACAGAACAAAUUUACUUCAGGAAAAACUUUUAUCUUGGUCCAGUACAGGAUGACCAUAUUCCAUUUUUAAACAGGGGUGUGCCUGUGCUGCAUUUGAUUCCCACACCGUUUCCUCAGUUCUGGCAUACACUGGAUGACACAGAAGAAAGGAUGCACAGGCCCACGGUGGAAAAUCUUACUAGAAUCCUGGUCAUCUUUGUGGCUGAGUACCUGAGCCUCUAAGCUGAGUACCUGAGCCUCUGUAAUAUGGGAGUUGAUAAUAAUUGAGCCAUAGAUCAGAAUGUCCAAAGACACAUAUAACAAAAAAAAAAAGACACACAAAUUAACAGUGUGUGUUGAUUUGGAGUGUGAAUGGCACAUCCUGAAGAUAUACUGUAUCUAUAUAUUGAUUUCUUUUUCUGCUGAAAAGAGCCAUAAAUAGGGCAAACAUUUAUGUUAUGGCAACUAUAAAUAAGCUCUAAUGAUGAUGGAAUACUUAAAGAGGAUAUUGUUUCAGUCAGUAAUGGAAAAAAAACAACAAAUGCCCAUCCUCCAUACAGUAAUAACUUGUUCAUUUGACUUUAAACUCAAAGUGGAACCCCAAGUUAAGUUCCAGUUUAAAGACUCCUUAUGAAGUUUACACUUUUAUUUUAGGUCAUAAAUUAUCAUUUGCACUAAAUGUGCUGAAAUAAAGUGACUAUUUUAAAUACUG